AGUCACAUAAACUCCACAGUUGAAAAAUUCGAGAACCCAAAAACAUCGAAGGGCUCACUCUCUCUCUCUCCCACGCAAUGGAGGAAAACAUGGCCGCAUACUACCCGCCACCACCACCACCACCACCGGGUCACUACCCAACCUACUACCAACCGCAACCUCCGCCACCAACGGUGGCACCUAUUCCACCUCCACCUCCUCAUCACCUCCCUUACAUACCUCAUCCGCAACCGCCACCGGCACCUUUCGUAUCCUACGUCAGUGUUCCUGCUUAUGUCCCACAUGAUCAGGUUCGUACUCUCUUUGUUGCUGGCCUUCCUGAUGACAUCAAGCCCCGCGAAAUGUACAAUUUAUUCCGCGAGUUCCCUGGCUACGAAUCUUCUCAUCUCCGUACCCCUUCUCAAAAUUCUCAGCCAUUUGCCUUUGCUACAUUCACUGACCAGCCGUCCGCGGUUGCAGCCAUGCAUGCUCUGAAUGGGAUGGUUUUCGAUCUUGAAAAGGGAUCUACCCUAUAUAUUGAUCUAGCAAAAUCUAAUUCUAGAUCUAAGCGCUCAAGAACAGAUGAUGAAUGGUCCAGUUUGGAUAAAAAGGCUAGGGUUUCCUCUGGAUUCUCGAUGGGCACUCCUGAUUCAGCAGGUUUUGGCAGCGUUCACUUGCCUGGAAUGGCUAAUUCUGCUUUCAACACGAUUGGUUUUCCAUCUGCACAAAGUCCUGGAAGCAUCGAUGACAGAUCUAGAAAUGAGUCAAAAGCAGGAAGAAUGAAUAAUUCUUCAGCACCUCCAUGCCCAACACUUUUUGUGGCUAAUCUGGGACAAAAUUGUACAGAGGAGGAGCUAAUUCAAGUAUUCUCAAGGCAAGGAAGCAAUAGUCGUUCCAGGUGUAAUGUUCUGUUGAUUCUUUUUUCUAUAAAAAAAUAUUAUGCUGCUGAUUCUUUUUUCCCUACUCUUUCUGUCAGAUGCCCUGGAUUUCUGAAAUUGAAGAUGCAGAGCACAUAUGGGGCUCCAGUCGCAUUUGUUGAUUUCCAGGAUACUGCCAGCUCAACUGGGGCACUAAAUCAUCUGCAAGGCACCGUUCUCUAUUCAUCAGUUGCUGGCGAGGGCUUGCGGUUGGAAUAUGCAAAAUCACGCAUGGGAAUGCGGAGGAAACCAAGGUAAUUAAUUAUGUAGAAGUGAGCAAACGCGCAUCAUUCAUUCGGAUGCACAUUUUACAAGGGUUUUGUACCCAAAAGAUGCUUGUAAUGUGGUUAGAAGUUUAGAACUAUUUAUAGAAUCAGAAUUUCCUUUGCUAAAUCGUAACAAUCUGUAGUUUAGAUCAUUUUCACAAUGGGAAAUAAAUCUUAUUUGAUUCUCAUACACAA